AUGGACUUAGAUGAACAAUUUGACUCUAAUAAACAAUCAAAUUUGACUAAAACUUUUGAUAUUUUUGUUAAAGAUGCUAACAAAGCUACUUCAGAUAGUAGUUCUAGUGAUGAUAAUUUUGUAGCAGUUAAAGAUCCAGUGGUUUAUUCUAAAAGAGGUACUCCAAAAAAGAAAAAAAUUAAGAAAUUACACGAAUUUGCAAGCACAAAUAAGUCUAAACAAAGCUUAGAA